GACAGCGACUCCCUGGGAGCUGCUGCGCUUCGCUCAACAGCGAACCAGGAAAUGCGCAAACCUCUUUAUGUCGGAACACCAGCUGGGCUUCCUGGGAGACACAUCCGCCAUGGGAAACAGGCUGUGCUGUGGGGGAAACUGGAGCUGCCCAUCAACUUUCCAGAAGAAAAAUAAAACAGGGAGCCAAGCAAGACCCACAUUGAGCAUACUGAAGCAGCCACAGCAGCAGCUGUGUCAGAACAGCACAAAGGACUGUGGAACAACAGGACCAAUGUACGAGCAAGUGUUACACCGGCCUGUACCUCAAAAGAAAAGUUCAGACUCCGCAUCGGAGGAGAGCCACUUGCAUUAUGCGGACAUUCAUGUGCUCAGCCAGAUGCAGCCGUAUUCUAGCAAGCAGGUGAAACACCGGCAUGUAGACACCGCUACAGAGUACGCCACUCUCCGCUUCCCUCAGACCACACCUCGGUACGACAGCAACCAUGGAACCCUGGUGUGAGCCCUUGGAAGGAAGUACUGGUUUCCACAAUUUUACAGUUCUGUGGGGGACAGUCUACUGCUUUUCGAGAACAGGGGUGUUGGCAGUUUUUCAAUCUCAAAGGACACCAGAACAUCGGUGAAUCUUUUGGUUUGCCACUGUUAUUGUAGAGUUGUGGUAAGGCUAGGCAGGAUGAGUGCCAAAAAAAAAAAAAUAUGUAAGUGUGUAAAACAGUCGUCCUUUGACCACUAACAUUAUUUGAACUCUCAAAUUCAACAAGAACCCUGUAUGUACUUUGGCUGUUUCUGGUAGGAAUUAUUUAACGAUAUUUGGGUUUUUUGUUCAUUCGCUGUGCCGCUGAGGAUGGACUUGAAAUUCUGAUCAAUUCCACUCUCUCACCCACUGUGCUGGGACUACAGACACGUGACCACUAUGCUCAGCUAUUCACAUCCCCUUUACACACCUUUACUCCAAAAUCGCAGAGGAAGCGCUCUGGGGGAGCUCUCUGAGCCUUCGCACACAGCCCCGGGGACUGCAGAGGACAAUCAACCUUCAACCUUGUAGCUGGAUCAAGGGCUCCAGACCUUAGCACAGAGAUGGGAACCGGGACUGAUUCUAAAGUCUUCUCCAACCACGGUCCACAAGGACUUCAAAUUGCGCACACUAAAAGCCAGGAGAAGACAGCCUGGAGAAACUUUACCUGCAGGACUGUUAGCGCUCGUCUAAGGAACCGUUAGGAUCAAUAAAUAAAUAGUAU